GAUGAGUCUGAUUUUUUGACAUGAAUUCUUUGCCUCACUGACCAGCAUGCUAUUGAAAUCCAUCCAAACUUCAAUAAAAUUCGAAGUCAGCACAGGGUCAAUUGAAAUAUGUAAAAACGCACGACACUGCUAGCUACAUUUCCUUCUUCGAACAUUGAUGAUUGACCGGUGGUGUCACUUGGUAGCUCAGCACUCAGUGUCCAGUACCAAUAGAUAAGAUGCUAGUGGGAGAGAUCAAGGUGACUAAAUCAAGGUAUAAUUUUUGGGGGUUUCUGGGUUUGAAAUUUGAAAUUUCAUGAAAGAGCACGUGACGGAUGCCGGUGUGUGCGUACACCACUGGCUGCAGUAGGCUUUGAACUUUCUUUACAAGUCUCCAAAGCAUACUCAACACUAUGAACAGUCAAGACGCAUUCAGAAAAUUCGCUCAGCAAUUACAGAGGGCUAGUCAGUCUGGAGGUGGUGGUGGGAUGCCAGGAGGUCCAGGUCGCUUCCUCGCAGGCGGGGGCCUUAUUGUCGCGUUGGUGGGCGGUGGACUUCUUCUGAAUGCGAGCUUGUUCAAUGUUGAUGGUGGCCACAGAGCUAUUAAAUAUACUCGUCUCCAAGGUGUCAAGGAUGAGGUGUACAGCGAAGGGACACACCUCAUGGUUCCCUGGUUCGAGACUCCAAUAGUUUUCGACAUUCGCGCGAAGCCUCGGAGUGUAGCAAGUUUGACUGGCACGAAAGAUUUGCAAAUGGUUAACAUCACUUGCAGAGUUCUAUCCCGACCCGCUGUAUCUGCUCUGCCUCAAAUAUACCGCGAACUAGGAAAAGACUAUGACGAGCGCGUGCUACCGUCUAUCGUCAACGAAGUUCUCAAAAGUGUAGUCGCACAGUUUAAUGCAAGUCAGCUUAUUACACAACGUGAGAUGGUGUCCCGAUUAAUUCGUGAAAACUUAACAAAUCGCGCAUUACGCUUUAACGUGGUGCUGGACGAUGUGUCUAUCACCCACGUGGCAUUUUCACCCGAGUUUACGCAUGCUGUUGAGGCCAAGCAGGUAGCUCAACAAACAGCUUUGAGGGCUGCCUUCUUGGUUGACCAGGCCAUUCAAGAAAAGCAGUCUAUUAUAGUGCGAGCCCAAGGUGAGGCAAAGAGUGCUGAGUUGAUCGGCGAAGCUAUGCGCACGAACAAAGGAUUUCUGGAGCUUCGUCGACUUGAGGCCGCAAGGGAUAUUGCCAACAUGUUGGCCUCCUCAGGAAAUAAAGUGAUGUUAGAUGCCCAGAGCCUCUUGUUGAAUGUGACUGGAGAAGACACAAAAGAGUUGCUGAAAGUAAAGAAGUAAUCUUAUUGCCUGGUCCACAUCUCAUCAUCAUCGUCACCGCCGCUGCUAAUAAAAAUGCAUAUGUUGACUAUGAGCUUAUAUAUUGAACUGCAAACUACAGGGACGCACAUAUCUGAAGUGAAGCAUGAUGCAUGAGGGCUCGGUGGCACUCUUGUCCAUGAUCA